AUGAAAGCCAAUUACGACCCAACAAUUUUUCCUGCGCUACGUUUCAAAAUAGGUAUGGAAGAACGAGAUGGAGAAGUAUCGUGCCUAUGUUACAUCUCAGGACGUGUGAUACUAACAGGAAUAAAGUCUAUUCAUGAAAUGAAACAUGUUUUUAACAAUGAUAUUUUACCUAAAAUUAAACAAUUUCCACGAACAUAA